AAAAAACGAAAAUAAGGCCCCAAAUGAUGUGAGAUGGAAUAAACUGAAUCUGAUCAUACUCCCUUGUUUUGAGCAGGAGGCUGUCCAGUGUGUGGAUGAGCUCGACUUGGGCUCUCAGCUGAACAUCUUUGUGCACGUUGGGGUGGAGUCGACCCUGGAGCGCAGUCAGAUCACACGGGACCACAUGGGCCAGCUCCUCUUCCAGCUGGUGCAGCAGGGAAUCCUGCCUAAACCCCAGUUCUACAAAGGGUUUGCAGACACGCUGGAGCAAGCGGACGACAUGGCCAUCGACAUUCCCCACAUCUGGCUGUACCUGGCCGAGCUGCUCAGCCCUGUGCUGAAGGAGGGGGGCUUCUCUAUGAGAGAGCUCUUUAGUGAAUUAAGCAAACCUUUGCUUCCUGUGGGAAGAGCCGGGAUCUUAAUUUCUGAAAUACUGCACAUACUAUGCAAACAAAUGAGCCAUAGGACUGUGGGUUCUCUGUGGAGGGAAUCUGGCCUCAACUGGAGCGACGUUCUACCAGAGGGAGAAGAUGUCCAGGCUUUCAUCUCACAACAGAAACUCCAGUUCGUUCAGUCGGACAGCUCCAGUCCUGAGGCGCCUUUGUCUAAAAAGAUCUUGGCCCCCGAGGAGCUGAGCCGACAGCUGGAGAAACUCCUCUUGGAAGACAUGGCCAGUGACGAGCAGAUCUUUGACUGGGUAGAGGCUAACCUAGAUGAAUCUCAGAUGAGCUCGUCUCCCUUCCUGAGGGCUCUGAUGACAGCUGUGUGUAAGGCCGCAGUGAAAGAUGAUAACACCAGCUGUCGAGUGGACACGGCCAUCAUCCAGAGGAGAUUGCCUGUAUUACUCAAGUACCUUAACUCAGACACUGAGCGACAGCUGCAAGCACUUUAUGCACUUCAGGCGCUGAUCGUUGCCCUCGAUCAGCCUCCAAACCUUCUCCGGAUGUUCUUUGACUGUCUGUAUGACGAGGACGUCAUCUCGGAGGACGCUUUCUACAAGUGGGAGACGAGCAAAGACCCUGCCGAGCAGCAGGGUAAAGGCGUGGCCCUCAAGUCUGUCACGGCCUUCUUCACCUGGCUGCGGGAGGCGGAGGAGGAGUCGGAAGACAAUUGACGAGGGAGACACCCGGGGACACGACGUAGUAGAACUGCAUCCUUACAGUAGAACAAACUUUCAAAAUGGGUGCGUGGGCAGGACGACAUGUUUACGGCUGGAAUUUUUUUCUGCGGUACGGUUCUGAAACAUGCCGCCAUUUUGAGUUUGGAUUCCAACGGCGGAAGCACUAAAUACCUGUAUUAUACAUAGAAAAUAUUUUUGUUUUAAAUUUUAACUUACUUUUCUUUUGUUACUUUUUAAGAAGAGACUUAAAAGAUACAUAGGUUCUGGACUCUUUAAUUUAUUAUUUUUUUAAGGACUGCAAAUAUGAAAGUUAUUUAACAUUUGCAGAUGCUCACAAUGAGAACAAGACAACAAAUAACAAUAUAAUUAAUUAUGAUAACAAAAUAAUAAUUGUGAAAUAAAUAGCCUCCCUGGAUUCCACACUGUUUGGUUUAAAACAGGGUAAAGCAAAAUUAUUUUGGGAUGAAGGGGAAGCAGAGAUUUAAAAAAAAAAAAAAGGAGUGAAUGCACAGGAACUAUUAAUGUUGUCCAAGGUCAAAGGUUAUCUUGUAAUAACCACAAAGUGUUUCCCUCAGCCUUGGCUUGCUCUGCGUUGAUUUGUACAUACGCCUCAUGAGAGGUAAAGGUAUGCAUUCAAGAAGCGAUGCAAAGUCAGUCCACAGAACUGUCACACAAACGCAGACGAACAAACCGGAUACAUUCAGAUGACAUGAGCAAAAAUGCAACUUUAAAAAGCAAAUGGCCAGGGUCGCUGAACAUGAAAUGCUUGUAAUACUUAAGACCUACGGAGCAGACUAAAGCUUGUAAAUACAUUAAAGACAAAAAAGGUAUUUAAAAAAAAAAAA